AUGCCAAGAAACAACAACCAAGAAAUUAUUUUAGAAAUAAAACAACAACUAGCCGAAGCCCGCACAUUAGCAGAAGAAAUUUCCGCCCGAAUUAACCAACAAGCUGAAGCAGCCAAAAAAGAAGUGGUUUAUAAUGAGCCUUUGCAUUCUCCGCAGCAAGAAGAGAAUACCAACCACCGAAAACUUGUGCCGAGCUGGAUU